GUCUUUGUCCUUUUCCAAUUACCAAUUUUGAAAAUAAAAGUAGGCAUCUAGUGGUCAGGCCGGCUGCUGGAAGAUUAGCUUUGAAUUUUAUUUGUUCCACCUACCGCGAGUACCGCGAGGUGGGCUUUCUUUAUAUGCAGCCCCUGCUAAGCUUAAAUGUCUAAAAGCAGCAACAAUAAUAACGACAGGAGGAACAAAACUCAGAAGGACCAACAUCAAAUUCAGAAACUAAUGGCUCUCAAUCAGCAAGAAGAUGUUGUACCUCAAUUCGACAAGAGCACAUUAGCAGCCGAAGUAUCAGCCUUCUCUUCCUACAUGCAAGACAACAGCCGCCCCAAAAGUCUGCUGCAGAGCGAUGCUCUUUUCUAUUACAUACUUGAGACUAGCGUCCUUCCUAGAGAGCCUGAAGCCUUGAAGGAGCUCAGGGAGCUGACCGCAAAACACCAAUGGAACAUCAUGACGACACCACCAGAAGGAGGGCAAUUCCUAAGCUUGCUACUUAAGCUUAUGAAUGCAAAGAACACAAUGGAGAUUGGAGUUUACACUGGCUACUCUCUUCUCGCCACUGCCCUUGCUAUCCCAGAGGACGGCAAGAUAUUGGCCAUGGACAUCAACCGGGAAAAUUAUGAACUGGGUUUGCCUAUCAUCAAGAAACAUGGUGUUGCUCAUAAAAUUGAUUUCAAAGAAGGCCCUGCUCUUCCUGUUCUGGAUCAAUUGAUUGCGGAUAAAAAGCAGGGGACAUUUGAUUACGUGUUUGUCGAUGCUGAUAAAGACAACUACCUUAACUACCACAAGAGGCUGAUCGAGCUGGUGAAGGUUGGGGGACUCAUUGCCUACGACAACACACUGUGGAUGGGUUCUGUAGCGGUGCCGCCCGAUGAGUCAAUGCCCAAGUUCUUCGUGUAUUAUAGGCAUUUUGUGUUGGAGCUCAACAAGGCCUUGGCGGCUGAUCCAAGGAUCGAGAUGUGCCAGCUUCCCGUCGGCGAUGGGGUCACUCUGUGUCGCCGCAUCUACUGAUCUAAUAAGAGGAUGAGGUAGCUAGUGCCGGUCAGUUAGACUGGCAAAGCCCUCAACUAUAUGACGAUGUAUGAGACUGGUGUGUGUUAGCUAGAAUCACAAGUACUUUUUCUUAUAAUAUAAUGUAAUGUUAAAC